UUUUUGCGGGGAAAAGUUGGUCUCCAGGGCGGACACGCGCUUUGAGUGGACGUCACAGAAUACCGGUCGCAGCAAUCCUUUGGGUUUUCAGAUGGAGAUCGUCCACGUCUACUCGAAGCUCCGAGCAGACUUCGGUCGCCCCUGUGUCUUCUCGGACCGACCUGCCGAGCUGCUUGUGGACCUGGCACCGGAUCCGGAUCUGUCCAAGGAGUUCGUCCAGAGAAGCCCGCGGGACGUGGCGCUGCAGUCUUGCCCUGACAUGUCCGAGCACCAGGUGAAUACGGUUGGCUUUGAGUUUGAGAGUCGCGGGAUGAACCAUGUGGAGGGCGGCUGGCCUAAAGACAUUAACAGUCAGGACAUGGAGCAGACCAGCCGCUACCGCAAGAAGGUGGAGAAGGAUGAAGACUACGCCAACAGCAUACUGCAGCUGGGCCAAAUCAUGGAGCACUUCAUCAAACAGAACAACAUCAUUGACAUCUACCAGGAGUACUUCCAGGAUGAGGAUGAUGUGGAGGAUGGCGAGGAGCCACCGACCGCCCGCACCAUCAACAUUUUCCGAGAUCCAAAUGAAGUGAAGCGGACUGUCACAUGUCUGUCUUGGCAUCCUGAUGGCGGCAGGAAGCUUGCAGCAGCAUACUCAACCAUGGUGUUCCAGGGAGCCACCAGAGACAUGAGCUUGGACUCGUACAUCUGGGACAUUGAAAACCCAAACAGACCAGAUCUGACACUGAAGUCGAGGUCUCUGCUUGUCUGUCUGGACUAUAAUCCCAAAGACUCACACACACUGGUUGCAGGCUGCUACAAUGGACAGAUCGCAUACUGGGACACCCGCAAAGGCAGCCAGCCAGUGGAGAUGUCCUCUUUGGAGCAGAGUCACAGGGACCCAGUCUACAAGGUUGUCUGGCUGCAAUCCAAAACUGGGACAGAUGCCUUCUCUGUGUCCACGGAUGGACAGGUCCUGUGGUGGGAUAUGAGGAAGCUAAGUGAUCCCACAGAAAGUCUGGUUCUGGAUCCCAGCAAGAAGGGAAACCUGGAGAAAGCUUUUGGAGCCAUGUCCCUGGAGUUUGAGCCCACCAUGACACCCAAAUUCUUGGUGGGGACGGAACGUGGUGUGAUUAUGUCCUGCAACCGUAAAGCAAAGGCUCCUGCUGACAAGAUUGUGUGUAUGUACAGCAGUCACCACGGCCCCGUCUAUGCCGUGCAGAGGAAUCCUUUCAUCUCUAAAAACUUUCUCACUGUGGGAGACUGGAGAGCCUGCAUCUGGUCUGAAGAUAUCAAGGAUUCACCUAUCAUGUUUACUGGGUACCAGAUGUCACACCUGAUGGAUGCCUGCUGGAGUCCAGUAAGGCCUUCCAUCUUCUUCACUGUUAACAUGGAUGGCAUGCUGGACACCUGGGACCUCCUCUUCAAACAGACUGACCCCAUGCUCAGCAUCAAGGUGUGUGACGAGGCACUCUACAGUCUGCGAGUUCAGGACAAAGGCUGCUUCUUGGCUUGUGGAUCACAACAGGGAAGCACCACACUGCUGAAGGUCUGUGAUGGACUGUCAACCCUCCAGAGGAACGAGAAGAAUCUGAUCGCCGAGAUGUUUGAGCGGGAGACAAAGCGGGAGAAAAUCCUUGAGGCUCGGCAGCGUGAGAUCCGUCUGAAGGAGCGCAGUCGCUCGGAACAGAGCCGGGCGGAGGACAGUGGCAGAGAGGCCGAUGAUACGGAAAGUCCAGAGGAGAUGAUGGCACGAGUCGAGGCUGAGUUCUACAGCAUCCUGGCAUCCCAAGCAACGGGCCGGAAGCCAGUUUAACUGUGUCUGUGAAGAGAAAGAAAGAAACUGCAAAAUGAACAAGCUACACAUUCAACUGUGCCACUGCAAAAAAAGACAGAAAAUAACAAAAAAGUUCAUUCAGAGGAUCCAUGACUGAACAUCAAAUCCACUUUCACUUUUCACUAGGUAUGUCCACUUUCACACAUAUGUUUCUUUUUUGUUGUGUUAAUAAAAAAGUUAUUCUGAAGCAUGAGAAUUCUUUUUAUUCAACAUAAACAACAGGAAGAAGUAAUUAGUUACUUAUGAGUAAUUUAGGAGCUCUCCACCAAUCAGGAGGGGAGGUUUUAAAGAAUGUGUGAUUUUGGUUCUCAGACUUCCUUAGUGUUGCUUGCUACAACGACAAGCUAAUGUUGUUGAUCCUACAUUCCGCUCUGAAUUGUAACAGUGGAUAAGUUGCCUCAUUUGUCAUGAAAAAUUGCAAUAAAAAAAUCCUGAUAU